GAGCCUCGACACGUGGGCUUUGUAUCAACCCUGCACACCAGCGAAGAGGCAAUAAAGAAGAUGAGGCAAACAAAGCAGCAUGAAAGUACCGUCUUCGAAAACAUUUAAGAAGAACGAUAUCGACCCUGAAGAGAGCCUCGAAAUUCCGGAGCAUACCGCAUACGUGUGUCAACGUUCAAACUCAGUUACCCCUGAUCGCGAUCCUUUAUACCACUGCGAGUAUACCUACCCUGUCUCCAUCUCAGGAUGGACGAACAAGCAAAUAACCCCGCCACUGGCUGGGGCCAAAUGGGCCCAGCCGAAAAUAGUGGAAUGCUCGCCCUGUCCGUACUCCCCGACUACGUGGAUCUCGGACGCACAUACUGGGACAGCUUGGACAAGAUCCACCUCACCCCCCGCGCGGUUCUCGAGUUCAAAAUCCGAGCGGAGACCCUCCGGCAGCUUAAAGAGCUCGCCGGCGAAGAACUACCCGAGAUAGAGGUGCCGACGGUGGAGGGGCGUACGGCGACAGACGUGAAAGUAUUCGCCAGACGCGGCGGUCCUGAUCUAAGCAGCUUUCGAGGGUUGACUCUCCGGAGAGAGGCAAAUGAAAACAAGGGCGCACAGAACAUCGGCCCCCCAAUCACUCGAGUCACCGCUUACGACGCAAACUUCGAAGUCUUCAUGGAAGACCACGGCUGCGCUGUGGCCGAAAUAGAAGAUCCCCGGCCCAAGAACAUCGACGAGCUGACCGCCAUGGUCAACAAGCGACGAGACUCCGUCGCGCAAAGUACAACCCAGGACUACAUGACCUUCAUAGCAAAGGCCCGCGAGGAGCAUGAAAUCGAAAGAUUCGACGACGUCUUGCUGGCCAUCUACCGCCACAAAAACAACAUGAUGCGCGAACCGGACAUGGAAACCCGAUGCCAUGAGCAGCUGGAAGACCUGGAGCGGCUCAACGAGGGUCUCAUCCGUGCAAGUCCCGACAUGUACGACGGAGCCAAGGAGAGCACGCUCAACUCCGAGAUCCUCCACAAGCUGCGGCCGGUCCUCCAGACCGAAAAAGACGGGGGCCCGAUCCUUCCGAAUUUCUUCUUCGACUGCACCGAGGCGGAGGGGAGACAGUCCGUCGGGAAGCUCCAGGCGCUACACUCUGGUGUCUAUGGUGCACGGGCGUUCCAUCGUCUGCAGUGCUUUCUCCAGGGUGAGGAAGCGGCCCCUAUCUACGAUGAGAACGCAUACACGAUCGCGGUCGUGAUGGUAGGUUAUCAUUUGUGCUUUUAUUGCAUCGCCCCUUGUCCCCCGACAAACCCAAAUCGACAGACGGACUACAAGAUGUGGUUGUUUCGUGAGGUCAACAUGGAACGCGGCUACAAACCCUUCCUGACAGCUCUCACUGCGUUCAAGAACUGUCGGGAAUGGGCCCAUCAGCAGCGCAAUCGGUUGAUCAGCGAGGCAAACGAGGCUGGGAGAAGGAAAAGGAAGCACUCUGAGGAUGGUUCGCAGGGUUCUCAGGACAAGGUUAGGCGUGUCUGAGCACGUAUUGAGGGGAAGGAGUUUGGAGUUGGAGUCCAGGCGUUUUGGCGAUGAUAUCAAGUGAGGAUAUUGGUCUUGUACAUGUAGAGAUGCAUAGGUUAGUAA